AUGGAAGAUGAUGUUGAGAAAAUUAUUAAUGAACUUCCUAUCAAAGCAAAGAUUCCAUCAGAAAAACAAAUAAAAAAUAUCUUAGAAGAUGAGAUGGAAUGUAUCAAAUUCCUACAACAAGAAGGAAUUCUCUAUAAAAGUCAAAAAU